GAGUCUGCCAACAGUCUCAACUAUUGUUAAAGAUUGAGGUUAUUUUUUUGCAUGCAGAUGAUAUCGAGUUGGGUAACAGGACAGCCUAUGUGAUUGUUGUUUAAUAAUGACUUUCUUUGUUAUUUGUGUAAAAAGUUUAUAUCUGUGAUGGCUUACUGACAAUGCAAUAACAGUGCACCCGGUGACUAGAAGGAAAACGUUCUGUGGCUGUGAAGUAAAAAAAUCAAUUCAUGUAUGAUCUGGAACUGAUAGAUAUCUUCAUGAUGAAUUUUGAGUCCAGCGAGUCUUCUGCCCAGCUUCACAAGCUUCUCCGACUGUACAAUCUGACAACAGUCACCAUCGACAUGCUCGAUGUCUACAUCAAUCACACGACAGAGAAGAUGAUGGUUCAGUCCCUGACCGGGUACACAGGCCGAGCCAGUGUCUUGUUCCACGCGCAGUGUGCAGCUCUCGGACUACAGAAUGUGUACUUCCAAUAUCAAAACAAGAUCAGGGAGAACAUACAGGCUACAGUCAACAACUCGAGGGAUUUCAACAUCAGCAGUCCAAACCCUUACCCCGUACCAAACAAUUCACAGGAAAUAGCCUACAUCAACAACGUUUUGUGCCUGGAGUUUAAUAGUGAAUAUAGGAGCUGUUAACAAAACGUACUGUUACCAAAUAUGUGGAACUGUGUGUGAAUUCUAAUGUGUGGAAUCUUCAACAUACGCAGUAUUACAGAAUUAAGAGUACCCAACUUAUAAUUCAAAACAAUUUUUCUUUUGGAUAUAGCUGGAUAAAAUUGAAAUGCUUGUGAAAAUGAAAAACAUGAUGUAUACUAUAACGAGAACAAAGUGGAAUAUAAAAUAUUUUAUAUGCAACAAAGCUGUUGGUUUUUUUGUGUGUUAAUUUGUGAAUUUU